AUGAAAAAUAUUGGGAAAAGUUGGCGUGACUCGGCUACGUUGAUAGUGCUCACGAAGCGUAGUGGCGCGGCGGCAUCGGCAGCGGCGGGCAAGCGCUCGGGUGAUGUUGGCGGCGUUAAUUACGAUAUAUUGUUGCAGACGCGCACCGGCGGAGCGUCGUUCCCCAACAGCGUCGUGUUCCCUGGCGGGGUUGCCGAGCGCGCUGACGGCGACGAGCGCUGGUCACGUCUCUUGACCAGCUUCGGCUUCACGCACCAGGACUUUGAGUCGCUGCACCGCCGAGGCAGUACUGUUCCGGCCAUAUUUCAAAGUAACCCCAUUCAGAGGCACAUAUCUUUGAGAGUAACUGCAAUAAGAGAGACAUUUGAGGAGUUGGGACUUCUGCUCUGCAGUAGGCAACAAAAGAAUCAGAGAGACGGCAUUUGGGCUAAUAUCAUAUCAGAUAUAGAUGUAAAGCUGUGGCAAAAUAAGCUAGCCAAAGACCCGGACGAGUUGUGGAAUUUAUGCAAGGAGUAUAAUUGUUACCCGGACAUAUGGUCGCUUCAUUACUGGAGCAACUGGCUGACUCCAAAGAUCUUUCCCAAGCGGUUCGACACAGCGUUCUUUGUCACCGCAAUAGAGAGUAAGCCCGACUUUAUCAAGGCCAGUUCGGAGGUGUUCAGUGUCGAGUGGUCGAGUCCAACAGAAAUAUUGAAUAAAACGAAUGUGGUAGUGUAUCCGCCGCAGAUCUACGAACUGACACGGCUCUCUCAUGUGACCGACUUGGAGGAACUGAUCAAGUUGGCCAAGGAGAAAAGCAUCCACGGCGACCCGUGUAUAUAUCCUGUUGUUGUUCCCGCUAAGGAUGGCAUGGUUCAUUUAUUGCCAGGCGAUGACUUAUAUCCAGAAACUGUAGAUUUUAAUGACAAUAAUAAAUUACCUUAUACAGACAAAACAAUAUUAGAAUUAAGAGAAAACUGCGGCACGAUACAUCGGUUGGAGAAACCAAAAGCUAGUAACCAGCCGCCGGUUAUUGUUAUAAAAAAUUACAAAACUAAACACCCUAUCGACAUGGGCGAUACGACCAUGAUACUUAACGAAGUUUAA